CGUUUGUGAGUGUGUGUUAUCUGACACAGAAGGAGAGAGUGAAAAAACACAAGAAAAAGUACUUGGAUGAAAUGAGAAACGGCCAAACACAAUGAGAUUUAUGGGAUUCUCUGAGGGGAGUGUACUGAUGGGGUUUCAGUCAGCACGCAACUUUUGUUGGAACUAUUGGUUGACCACGACUGCGAGAGCUGCACGGGUGUAAGUGAGUGGCCUGGCUGGACCUUCAUUUCUCCAAUAAUCCUCCCCUCUACCCACGCUGUCUCUUGUUCUUUCGGGAACCAUGCUGAUGCAGUGCCUGGGUUGGUUGGCCCUGCUGUCUCUGGACUGGGCUCCAGGCAGCUGGGCCUUCACCACCACCAGGGCUCAGGGCCUGAGGGGUCGCAUCCAGAGAGACCGCAGAAACAUCCGGCCCAACAUUAUCCUCAUCAUCACUGACGACCAGGAUGUUGAGUUGGGUUCUCUACAGGUAAUGAAUAAAACCCGUAAGCUCAUGGAAGAAGGAGGCACAGCUUUCACCAAUGCCUUCGUCUCCACACCCAUGUGCUGCCCGUCACGGUCCUCCAUGUUGACGGGCAAGUACGUCCACAACCACAACACGUACACCAACAAUGAGAACUGCUCCUCCCCUUCCUGGCAAGCUCAGCACGAGCCACGCUCAUUCGCCGUCUACCUCAACAACACGGGCUACAGGACAGGCUUCUUCGGCAAAUACCUCAAUGAGUACAAUGGCACCUACAUCCCACCUGGGUGGCGCGAAUGGGUUGGAUUGAUAAAAAAUUCCCGCUUCUAUAAUUACACCGUCUGUCGGAAUGGUUACAAGGAGAAACACGGUGCCGAAUAUGCCAAGGACUAUUUCACAGAUCUGAUUACCAACGACAGCACUAACUUUUUCCGCACGUCUAAGCGCAUGUACCCUCACCGCCCUGUGAUGAUGGUCAUCAGUCACGCUGCUCCUCACGGCCCAGAAGACUCCGCUCCACAGUAUGCUGAGCACUUCCCAAAUGCUUCGCAGCACAUCACCCCCAGCUACAACUAUGCCCCAAAUAUGGACAAACACUGGAUCAUGCAGUACACAGGUCCCAUGAGACCCAUCCACAUGGAAUUCACCAACUUUCUACAUCGAAAGAGGCUGCAGACACUCAUGUCUGUAGAUGACUCUGUGCAGAAAGUGUUUGAAAUGCUCGAGGAAACUGGAGAGCUGGACAACACUUACAUCAUCUAUACAGCAGACCAUGGCUACCACAUUGGUCAGUUUGGCUUAAUCAAGGGCAAGUCAAUGCCGUAUGACUUUGACAUUCGUGUGCCGUUCUUCCUGAGAGGACCCAACAUCGAGCCAGGGGCAGUAAACCCUCAUCUGGUGCUCAACAUUGACCUAGCUCCCACAAUUCUCCACAUUGCUGGCCUGGACACCCCUCCAGACAUGGAUGGAAAGUCCAUCCUUAAACUGUUGGAACAGGAAAAAACUGGCAAUAGAUUCAAACCCAACCGGAAACCCAAAGUCUGGAGGGACACAUUCCUGGUGGAGCGAGGAAAGAUCCUGAGGAAGAAGGAAGACUCAGUGAACACUCAGCACACCAACAGCCUUCCCAAGUACAAAAAGGUCAAAGAGACUUGCCAGCAGGCCGAAUUCCAGACGCCCUGCGAACAGCCUGGACAGAAGUGGCAUUGUGUGGAGGAGAUCACAGGGAAAUGGAGGAUACAGAAGUGCAAAGGUGGCUCGAAAGAAGGCUCCAGGAAGAGGGCCCGCAGCCUGAAGCCCCGCAGCAGUUAUGACCACAGAGAAAGGGGCUGUGACUGUGGGGAGACACUCCUCAGCCCCUCCAGGUCGGACCGCCGUUCCCACCGCCAGCUAUCUUCCUCUUCUGGUCGUCGUUAUCGUCCACGUUUUGUCCACACCCGGCAGACCAGGUCCCUGUCAGUGGAGUUUGAAGGUCAGAUAUAUGACAUUGACCUCCAAGCAGAUGAUCAGUCGGCUGUCCGCCGCCGUGUCAUCUCAAAGCGUCACUACAACCCAGAAAACCCUGAGUUUCAUUUGGGGUCAGAUGACGGUUCAGAGGAGAUGCUGGCGGAUGACACCAAUGCUGUGGGAUACCCACACUCUGUGAAAGUUACCCACAAGUGUUAUAUCUUGAUGAAUGACAGUGUUCAUUGUGAAAGAGAAAUCUACCAGUCCUCAAGGGCCUGGAAAGACCACAAGAGCUAUGUGGACCAGGAGAUUGAAGAACUUCAAGACAAAAUCAAAAACCUCCGGGAAGUGAGAGGCCACCUCAAGAGGACACGACCAGAUGAGUGCGACUGUGGAAAGAAGAGCUAUUUUAGCAAAGGAGACAGAAACAAGGCAGAGAGAAUGAAGAGCAGGAAUGAUCAACUCCAUCCCUUUAAGGAGCCAGCGCACGAAUUAGAUGGAAAGGCCCAGUUGUACAACGAGAUCCGAAGGAGAAAGAAGGAAAGGAAGGAAAAGAAACGUCAGAAGAAGGGAGACGACUGCAGCCUGCCCGGCCUCACUUGCUUCACACACAACAAUGACCACUGGCAGACUGCUCCUCUCUGGACAUUGGGUGGAUUCUGCGCAUGCACCAGCUCCAACAACAACACCUACUGGUGCUUGAGAACCAUCAACGAGACCCACAACACGCUGUUCUGCGAGUUCUCCACUGGCUUCCUGGAGUACUUUGACCUCAACAAUGACCCCUACCAGCUGACCAACGCGGUGUAUACAGUGGAUCGGGAUGUACUGAACUCGCUCCAUGCCCAGCUGAUGGAGAUGAGGAGUUGCCAAGGUUACAAGCAGUGUAACCCUCGCCCAAAAGGCCUGGACACAGGAGGUAAAGAUGGAGGAAGCUAUGAGCCACACAGGCAACAGCAGCAUCGAAAGCAGUCAAAGAGGAGACCGAGCCUCUACUUCCUCACACAGCCAAUAUGGGACGGACGACAAGGUUAAACUUCCCAACUUGACAGACGAGGAGGUGAACUGGCAGGGACUGGAGGAUCUGUAUAGCAUAAACGAAAGCCUUUAUGAAUGUCGGCCUGACUACAGCCCCAGCCCAGACAACUGGGUCAACUUC